AUGGGCAACGACCUUCACUUCGAGCCUGAGAACGACUUCCCCGAGGGUGGUGGCCAGCUCCUAAUCGUUCAGGCAGCCGACGGUACCGUCUUCCGCUUCAGCCUCGACCGUCUGGCGCAGUUCUCGCCCAAGCUCCAGGCUUUCAAGGUGGCGACUGCGCCUGGCGGCCCUGGCGCCGCACCUCUCGACUUCAGCUUCGCAUGUGCCGACGGCCUGCGCCUCGCGUUUGGGAUGCUCAACGACCACUUCGUCACCCCCAAGCCCACCGACAAGUUCCCGUGGCCCAACACCAAGGUCGUUGAGUCGAUCGUGAACCUCAUGGAGGUCCACCAGCUCUACAAGCUCGGCGAGCUGCUCAUCGAGCGCACGAACUUCGACGCCGCCUGGCGCCCCGCCAAUAAGCUCGAGUGGUUCGCUGUCGCCAGCAUGAUCGGAGGUGACACGAGUGCCCCCCUCGAUGCGACGUGCAAGUACAGCCUCAACAAGGCAAACUAUCCCAACACCCUGCUCGACGGCCGUGCCGAGUGGCUUGCCCACAAGAUGGACAAGGACCACCCCAAGUGGCUCGCCGACUUCAAGGAGCACCACGAGUUCUUCCAGUGGUGUCUCGCCGAGUUUGAGAAGCACCUCAAGUUCGACUUUGCCGACAGCCACCACCCUGCUCUCUGCGAUGAGGAGAGCUGCGACAACUGCGACCCCGAGGCCGACCGCGAGGUGAACUUCGAGGCCCGUCGCCUCGGACUGGUCUCCCAAGUCCGUCUCUUCAUUGACAACUAUGAGGAGCCGUGGAAGAAGGAGCUGAUCGAGGCUUGGGGCCUCAGGAGCUACCUCAGCCGCCCCCUUGCUAAGAAGCUCACCUUGCACCUCAGGCGCCUCACUGUGAUUAUGCGCCCCAACGCGGAGCCGUACUGCAACCAUUUGCACACGUACCAGAUUCGCCCUGGACAGCCCUGGCAGGCUCUGUGA